AUGAAAGAAGGUGACCAAAUUGCCGAUUCAGAGAACUGGAAAGCCUCUCUUAGCCUUCCCGAGAAGGACGCUCGAAUAAGAACCGCUGAUGUGGCCGCGAAGGAGGGUUGUAGCUUCGACAACUUCUGUCUGAAGCGCGAACUGUUGAAGGGGAUAUACGAAAAGGGAUGGGAAUAUCCAUCACCAGUACAAAGGUCUAGCAUUCCAGUCGCAUUAACUCGUAGAGAUAUCAUUGCCCGCGCCAAAAACGGUACCGGAAAGACUGGUGCAUACUCUAUUCCCAUCCUGGAUUCAAUUGAUACAUCGCUAAACAAAAUUCAGGCUUGUAUAUUAGUCCCAACCCGUGAGCUUGCACUUCAAACCAGUCAGAUAUGCAUUGAACUUGCAAAACAUAUGGAUGUCAAGACAAUGCUUGUAAUUGGUGGAACAUACCUUAAGGAUGAUCUUAUUCGACUGAGUCAAACUGUGCAUCUUGUAGUGGGGACUCCCGGACGCUUAGUUGAUUUGAUGUCUCGAGGCUUUGUUGAUCUUAGUCAGUGCAAGACCGUUGUUCUUGAUGAAGCUGACAAGCUUCUAUCUGAGGAGCUAAAGCAUGCAGUUGAGCAGUUGCUUGAAAAGGUGGAUGAAAAUAGGCAGUUGUUGGUGUACUCAGCAACCUACCCUGUCGCUGUCCAGUCCUUUAUAUCAAAACACCUCAAGAACCCCUAUGAAAUCAACCUAAUGGAAAGGUUAACACUCAGGGGCAUUACCGAAUACUACGCAUAUGUACAAGAAAAGCACAAGGUUCACUGUUUGAAUACUCUGUUCUCCAAGCUCCAAAUUUGUCAGUCCAUCAUCUUCUGUAGUUCGGUCCAGCGUGUCGAGCUUCUCGCGAAAAAAAUCACGCAAUUAGGUUACUCAUGUUUCUAUAUUCACUCCCGGAUGUCACAGCAAGAUCGUAACCGCGUCUUUCACGAUUUCCGUAAUGGUAGUUGUCGGACUCUCGUCUGUACCGACCUACUAACUCGUGGUAUUGAUAUACCGACUGUUAAUGUGGUGAUUAAUUUUGAUUUCCCGAAAUAUGCGGAGACUUAUCUGCAUAGAAUUGGACGUUCUGGGCGUUUUGGACAUCUAGGCAUCGCCAUUAACCUCGUUACCUUCCAAGACAGGUAUGCGUUAAAAAAUAUUGAAAGAGAAUUACGCACGGAAAUCAAACCGAUUCCCAAAGAGAUUGACAAGCGGCUGUACGUUGCUGAGUUUCAGGACGAAGCUAAUAUGGAUGACGAGACUAAAGCUGCCCUUUAUCACGGUCGUGCUCUUCAGCCGCCAGAAGCUAUAAACGGCGCCUAG